AUGUCUUUGAAAUUAACAGCAUUUCGUUUAUUAUCACCUACAAUUGGUGGUUUUUCACAACGAACAUUUUUUGCUUUCCGAAUGAAUCAAUUUGUAAAUUUACAAAUAAAUAAUACACAACAAACAGACCCAUUUGUAUUACAACCUGAAAGUAAUACGCAAUAUAAUUUCAAUACAUAUAAAGUGGUUAAGGAUUUGGAAGGUCAAGGGUUAACUAGAGGACAAGCAAACUCAAUAAUGAGAUGCAUGGAAGCAUAUACAAUAUGUACAGCACAAUUACUUUAUCAUCGUUAUUAUACAGAAAAUUCAAUUGAAAAGGCUACAUCUUCAAACAAUAUAACAGCUGAUGUUAGUAUAACGUGUUUAUUUGUAGCGACAAAAAUAGAAGAAACAUACAAAAAAUUGAAAGAUAUUCUUAUAGUAGCUUACUAUGUUCUAUGUCCAGAAGGACCUGAAAUUAAUACUGAAAAACAGAAAAGAAGAGUACUUACAUUAGAACAAACAAUAUUAGAAAUAACUUGUUAUGAAUUUAAAUUUCUCCAUCCACAUAAAUUUUUAAUGAAAUUUGUAAAGAAAUUAGGCGGUGAUAAAUCUUUGGCAUUUAAAUCUUAUCAAAUAGUUAAUGAAUGUUAUAAAACAACUGUAUGUCUUAGAUUUCCUCCGCAUACUUUGGCAGUUGCAUCAAUUUAUUUAGCAAUUAAAUUAUUACAACUAAACGAUUUUCCACCAACUCCUUCUUCUAUAAAUAGUAAUGAUACAACUUGUGAAUACGAAUGGUAUGAAUUAUUUUUAUGUAGAAUUGAAGAUAUUGAAGCUAUAAAUAGAAAAAAUAGAAAUGAAGAUGACAAAAAUGAUCAUUCACUAGUAAUAAUAGAUAAAGAGGAUGUUCAAAUGACAUCAACAUCAUCAAUUCCAACAACAAAUGGUACAGAUAAAAAUAAUGCAACUACUAGAUAUCUUUUUACACCAACAUAUGCUAUUAAGCCUAUUAUUCACUAUUAA